GGGCGAGAGAAACAGUUUUUUGGCCAGGAAUAAACCGAGACAUUGAAAGAAUGAUAGGAGCAUGUGAAACGUGCCAAAAACACAGAAACAAGCAAACUAAAGAGCCCAUGAUCAUUGCAGACAUGCCAGUGGCACCAUGGCAGAAAGUAGGGAUGGAUUUGUUUCAUCUUCAAGGCAAAGAUUAUUUAAUUGUCAUUGACUAUUACUCCAAUUUUCCUGAGAUGGCAUUACUGUCAAGUGUAUCAUCAGCUUGUGUGAUUACACAUGCAAAAUCCAUUUUUUCCAGGCAUGGCAUUCCAUACACAAUUUCAAGUGAUAAUGGACCAUGUUUUAGUAGCAAAGAGUGGAAGAAGUUUGCAAACCAGUAUGGAUUUGAGCAUAUUACAUCAAGCCCACUCUAUCCCCAGUCAAACGGGAAAGCUGAAAAAGGAGUGCAUAUUCUUAAACAGCUAUUAAAAAAAGCAGCUGAUAGUGGUUCAGAUCCUUAUCUCGCUUUGCUCAGUUAUAGAGCAUCUCCACUGGAAUGUGGAUUGUCACCAGGAGAACUGUUGAUGAACAGAAAACUGAGAACCACAUUGCCAUGUUACACAAAAGAGAAGCAACUUUCGAAGCUGCAACGUAAACUAAGAUCUCUAAAAAAGAAACAAAAACACAUGUAUGACAAAACAGCCAAGCAGCUUCCGCCUCUAACCAACAAUGACACUGUCAGGAUUCAAGAACCUGGUGGAUGGAUGACCAAAGCUACUGUUCUUCAAGAAGUUGCACCUCGAUCUUUCGCAGUGAGAACUGACGAAGGACAAAUCAUCAGGCGUAGCAGACGCAGUUUGCUUAAAACACUGGAAACGUUUAAAGAAACUGAUGGAGCAGAUGAUACAUCUGAAGAAAACGACAAAUCAAUUUCUCCAUUUAAAUCUAUUGCUCCAACUUCUUCAAAUACCAACAUAGAGCUCCCUAAUGAGCCUGUUUUAAGAAGAUCUACAAGACAGAGUAAAAAACCUCAACCUCUGUGAUUAA